UUAAAAUGGCGUUCCACUGGGUUGAAAACGUUAAUACAGCAUCCUUUACGCCUAGAGAAUACCAAGUUGAGUUAAUAGAUGCUGCCAGAGACCGUAACAUUAUUAUGUGUCUUGCUCAAAACUCUGCUCGUGAUUUUAUAGCUUUAAAGAUAAUACAAGAACAUGCGAAUGAACUGAGAAGUGAUGUAUUACAUAUGAGAAAAAGAGCGUAUAUUUGGUAG